AUGGGGAAUCAUCCUCUGUUUCUGUCUUUCCAAGAAGAAGCCAUGGGCAACCUUCAUUUGACCGGCCAUGAAGGCAUGAUCGGCCCAGAGAUCCGAGUCUCGAGGGAGAGCUCCUUGCCGUCCGCCUCAUUCGACGGUCUUCUUCCCGGAAACCCUAAUUUGCAGGAUGAUAUCAUGGGGGCCGCCAUUCCCGCCGUUUCUGUGCUGUCCUCGGAGGAUAUCAGGACCUUCAUUUCCAACAACAGCUCGUCGAAUUCAACGUCCGUGACCUGCGCGUACGGCGUGGAAGAGAUGGAGUUCUCCGGUCCGAGAAGAUAUGUGGACGCCAAUGGACAGCUUAGCUAUGGAGGAAGCUAUGACGAAGUGAUGGGACAUCAAGUUCUUCCUGGUAGAAGUCUGGCGACAGUUCGCCCGUCUUGCCAUAUCCUCUCAGGUUCUAGCUUCAAUCCAGAGAAGACCUACUCGUACUCCGCGCUGAACAACGAACUUUCUCUGACCCUCGGUUCUAGCCAGUCCGUUAUGAACCUCCACGGUGUCCCCGAUCAGAUAUCGGAGGAUAGCCGGUGCGGGGAGGCCUCAGAACUACUGGUCUGCUCUCAGAUCGUUUCCCAUUCGGGAAACGGUGCAGGUCCCGGGAUGCGACGAGGAGCGAGAGACCAUCAUCCUAGGGUUGUUGGGCAUCCACUAGAAUCAAGAUACAUGUCCAUGGUGGAGCAAGUCCUAGCCGAAGUGGCCGGCUAUGCGCUGGAGAAUCUGAGCGAGCUCGAUGAUCCAUCAGCGUGGAUCGAAGAUGGGACGAGGUCGUCCUUUUCCUCUAGCUGUUCAUCUAAGAGAGGGGCCUCCGCCUCCGCGAGUUCCAAAGACUUUGCUCAUUCUCCUGGAGACGUCAGAUCUCACGGCUACGUGGAGAAGACGGACCUGAUCACCCUACUGGAGGCGGUAUGCUGCUCAUCACUGCUUCCAUAUUGCCGAAGCAUUGAAAGCUGUCGUUUGGAAUUAAUUGACCUCCGUGAUGAGCUUGCGCUGGCUUCUCUCUCUGUUGAUGGCAGGUUGACGGCGGCUACAAUCGGUGCCUGGUUCAGAUGCAUUCCGUCAUGUCCAAAUUCCAAGUUGCGACCAGUUCUGGUGUGGCUCACACGCCCGCUCGGCUGGCGCUGAGAGCCAUCUCCCGCUUUCACGGGUCCCUGCGGGAUAAGAUCACCACUCAGAUUCUCUCAGCCGGCGAGCAUGCCGGUGGCGGGCGAGGGGCAGCGGGGGAGAAGGAGAGGUCCAUCGAGUCCUCCAUCCACAAGCAGUGGGCCUCGCAGCAGCUGAGGAGGAACGACCAGCAGACGUGGAGGCCUCAGCGGGGAUUGCCCGAGAAGUCCGUCUCAGUUCUGCGGGCGUGGAUGUUUCAGAAUUUUCUGCACCCGUGAGUAGCUCCAGUCGUCCAUCUUUCGUCGCCUCAAAAAUAUUUCUGAGACGCAGCGUUGACUUUCACCCUUCUUCCUCCUGCUCUCAGAUAUCCUAAGGACAGCGAGAAGCAUCUGCUCGCCAUCAAGAGCGGGUUGACUCGGAGCCAGGUGCUUUUCAUCUCGCCGAGUCUCUCUUGCCUUGAAUCUUUCUUUAACCGAUCGAUCCCUUCGUCUCUGGGCUCGGGGCUUUCUGUAUCUUUUGCCUGAUCCUUCUUGGGUUCCUGCCAGGUGUCCAACUGGUUCAUCAAUGCCCGGGUGCGUCUGUGGAAGCCGAUGAUAGAGGAGAUGCACUCGGAGGUCAGCAAGAAGAACCAAGCGCAGGAGGGGGCCGGGGAUCGCAGGGGCCGCCCGUGCGCCGGCGGCCAGCGAGUUGGCUAA